CCCCGCCCGGAGGUCCCUCGUGGAGCUGCCGCCGCCGCCGCCGCCGCCGCCGCCGCGGAGGAGGAGGAGGAGGAUGAAGGACAAACAGAAGAGGAAGAAGGAGCGCACGUGGGCCGAGGCCGCGCGCCUGGUGUUAGAAAACUACUCGGAUGCUCCAAUGACACCAAAACAGAUUCUGCAGGUCAUAGAGGCAGAAGGACUAAAGGAAAUGAGAAGUGGGACAUCUCCUCUUGCGUGCCUCAAUGCCAUGCUACAUUCCAACUCGAGAGGAGGAGAAGGGCUAUUUUAUAAGUUGCCUGGCCGAAUUAGCCUUUUCACACUCAAGAAGGAUGCUGUGCAGUGGUCUCGAAAUGUAGCUGCAGCGGAUGGAGACGAGCCAGAGGACUCAGCUGAUGUGGAAAGCUGUGGGUCUAAUGAAACCAGCACCGUGAGUGGUGAAAAUGAUGUAUCUCUGGAUGAAACAUCGUCGAAUGCAUCCUGUUCUACAGAGUCUCAGAGCCGGCCCCUCUCCAAUUCCAGGGACAGCCACAGGGCUUCCUCACAGGCAAACAAACAAAAGAAAAAGACGGGGGUCAUGCUGCCUCGUGUCGUCCUGACUCCUCUGAAGGUAAACGGGGCCCACGUGGAGUCUGCGUCAGGGUUCUCAAGCCGCCAUGCUGAUGGUGAAAGCGGAAGCCCGUCCAGUAGCAGCAGUGGCUCUCUGGCCUUGGGCAACACUGCUAGUCGAGGCCAGGCAGAGGUCACCCGAGACCCUGCCCCACUCUUGAGAGGCUUCAGGAAGCCAGCUACAGGUCAGAUGAAGCGCAACAGAGGGGAAGAGGUAGAUUUUGAGACACCUGGGUCCAUUCUUGUCAACACCAACCUCCGUGCUCUGAUAAACUCUCGGACCUUCCAUGCCCUGCCAGCACAUUUCCAGCAGCAACUCCUCUUCCUCCUGCCUGAAGUGGAUAGACAGGUGGGAACAGAUGGCCUGCUGCGCCUCAGCAGCAGCGCACUCAAUAAUGAGUUUUUCACCCAUGCAGCUCAGAGCUGGCGGGAACGCCUUGCUGAUGGUGAAUUCACUCAUGAGAUGCAAGUCAGGAUAAGACAGGAAAUGGAAAAGGAGAAGAAGGUGGAGCAAUGGAAGGAAAAGUUCUUUGAGGACUACUAUGGACAGAAAUUGGGUUUGACCAAAGAAGAAUCAUUGCAGCAGAAAGUGGGCCAGGAGGAGGCCAAAACCAAGAGUGGAUUGUGUGUCCCAGGAGAACCAGCACGGCCACAGCGUGGGCCCACCACCCGUCAACGGGAUGGGCACUUUAAGAAACGUUCUCGGCCAGAUCUCAGAACCAGAUCCAGAAGGAAUCUGUACAGAAAACAGGAGCCAGAACAAGCAGGAGUUGCUAAGGAUGUAAAUUCUGCACCAGAUGUUUUACUCUCCAAAGAUGGGAAUGCUAAGACCAACUCAGAAGGGGUGAGCAGUCCCCCUAGGCCAGAUGUGUCCUCUGUAGCCUCUGGACAGGAGGGUUCCAAGUGUCCCAGUGAACCUGUGGCUUCCCGGAUCCAAGCAGAAACGGACAAUUUGGCAUGUGCCUCUACAUCUCCAGACAGAAUCCCUAGCUUACCUCAGGAAACUGUGGCUCAAGAGACAAAGGAUCAGAAGAGGAAAUCCUUUGAGCAGUCGGCCUCUGCAUCCUUUCCCGAAAAGAAGCCCCGGCUUGAAGAUCGUCAGUCCUUUCGUAACACAAUUGAAAGUGUUCACACCGAAAAGCCACAGCCCACUAAAGAGGAGCCCAAAGUCCCGCCCAUCCGGAUUCAACUUUCACGUAUCAAACCACCCUGGGUGGCUAAAGGUCGGCCCACUUACCAGAUAUGCCCCCGGAUUGUCCCCAUCACGGAGUCCUCCUGCCGGGGUUGGACUGGUGCCAGGACCCUCGCAGACAUUAAAGCCCGUGCUUUGCAGGCCCGAGGGGCGAGAGGCCACCACUGCCAUCGAGAGGCGGCAACCACUGCCAUCGGAGGGGGGGGUGGCCCGGGUGGAGGUGGCAGUGGGGCCAUCGAUGAGGGAGGUGGCAGAGGCGGCGGCAGUGGUGAUGGUGGUGAGGCCUGUGGCCACUCUGAGCCCAGGGGAGCCCCAAGCACCUCUGGAGAGAGUGCGUCAGAUCUACAGCGAACACAACUACUGCCGCCUUGUCCUCUGAGUGAAGAGCACACUCCAGCUGAAGCUGCCUUGCCCAGAGCCAGAGGAGAGGACGACGUGGCUUCUCUCAGAAAGGAGGAGAGCUGCCUAUUACAGAGGGUCCCAGGUGUGCUUACAAGUGGGCUGGAAGAUGCCUCCCAACCCCCUAUUGCUCCCACUGGAGAUCAGCCGUGCCAGGCUUUGCCACCACUGUCCUCCCAAACUCCGGUGACUGAGAAGUUAGCAGAGCAGCCUAAGUUGCUUCUAGAUGGUAGAACUGAGUGUGAGUCUGGUAAUACUUCCUGGGAGAAGGGUAGUGAGGAUCAAGGACCCACUCUCCCCUCAGAGAAUGGUUCUGUACAGUCUCCAGUGGGAGAUGUAUUAGGAGGAAAUGGCCAGGCCUUUGAUGAUAAUCCCAGGGUGAAAGAGCUUGUCAGUGUGACACCUGCGUUUAUAUCUGAAUUGUCAUUGGCUAAGUACCUACAAGAUGAAUCUGCUGAUGAUGGAUUAGGACUUGGUGACACAGGCCCCCUCAAAAGGGAAAGUGAUAGACAAGAAUCUUUGAAUACUGAAGCUUUUGCAUCUGGUGGUACUGCCUCCUGGGUACCCGUUCUGUCAAAUUAUGAGGUAGUGAAAGAGUCUGAGCCAGAAACCAGAGAAAAUGCACCAUUUCUGGAGCCCAGGGAUGAAGAGGAAUGGGAAAGAGCUGUUCCCCUCAUGGCUGCCAUGCCUGGGGAGUUGGCAGCCACGGGUGCGCCCCACUCUGAGAGCUGUGCUUCACUCUGGACAGCACCUCCUCCUGGAACCAUGGGCAGCACUUGCAGUGAUGGUGAGCAGGUGGACCUUGAAAGACUGGAGAUGAAAAGCAUAUCUGAAACUCCAAGUCCUCACGGUGAGUCCACAGAUACAGCCUCUGACUCUGAAGGCCACCUCACCGAGGACGGCAGUGAGGUGGAUGCAAGUGAAGCCAUGGAGGCAAAGGGGUUGGUGGUGGGCAGGAGUGGAAAGCAGGACUGGGCCCCAUCCUCCUCGCUGUCCAAGGUGAGCAGGAACCUAAGUGUGCUUACAAGGACAGAAGGGAUAGCGGCUUCUCAGAGCUGGGUGUCUAGAGUAUGUGCAGUCCCACCCAAGAUCUCAGACUCCCUGCUGCUAUCCAGUACUGAAUGCCAGCCCAGGUCUGUGUGCCCACCUAAGCCUGGUUCUUCGGUGGAGGUUACCAACCCUCUUAUGAUGCACCUGCUGCACGGUAACUUACCUCUCGAGAAGGUUCUUCCUCCAGGUCACAGAAGCAGCAAGCCAGAAUCCCCACAGUUGCCAUUUAGAGACCAGAGCCAGGAUAGAGGUACUGUACAAGGUACUGGGGAAGACAAUCGCCUAGUUGCCAGAAGCAGCUCUGGUUCUGCACUAGCUUUGAAGGAGUCUCUUCUGGCCCAGAGCUAUGCAGCAAGCACUGGUCUUGGCAGGGCAAAGGCCUCCCAGGCUCCUGGAAUGCCCCAGAAGAUUGCAUCGAUGGUUCCAAGUUUAGACUCCCAGCAUCCAGUGACAGAACUGACACCUUCCUCUGGCAGCCUGGAAGAAAUAGAUUCCAAAGAGCAUUUCUCUUCCUUCCUUUGUGAAGAGCAGAAAGAAGCCCAUUCCCAGUCCCAAGGCAGUGAUCCAGGUACUGCCUCAGGCCAGUGUCCAGGAGAUCACACUACCUCCGAAGUGCCAUGUUUCUCCUCUGCAAAUGUGAGCCUCUCCUUUGGUCCUGAGCAGACAGAUAGGACCCUGGGUGAUCAGAACAAUGCUGGUAGUCAAGAGAAGAAACUAUCUGGUCCUAGGAAUACGAUCCCCAUCCUUCAGUGCCCCAGGUCUGGAGAGCAGACACCACUACCUGCUGAGGUCCCUCCAGUUUUUCCCAGUCGGAAGAUAGAACCAAGCAAAAACUCGGUAUCUGAUGGUGUGCAGACUGCAAGGGAAGACUGGACGCCAAAGCCAUCACCUGGCUCUGCUGGUGGCAACAAGACAGAGCAGACGUUCUCGAGGGAUCCACUUAAGGCAGAUGCAGAGGAUAGAAAAGCUGCAGGGUGUAGUCCUCUGGAACUAGUAGGUCACUUGCAAGGGAUGCCUUUUGUUGUGGACCUGCCUUUCUGGAAAUUACCCAGAGAGCCAGGGAAAGGGCUAAGUCAGCCCCUGGAGCCUUCUUCCAUUCCCUCCCAAUUCAACAUCAAGCAGGCUUUGUAUGGGAAGUUUUCUAAACUACAGCUGAGUCCCACCAGCUUUAAUUACUCCUCCAGCUCUGCCACCUUUCCCAAAGGCCUUGCUGGAAGUGUGGUGCAGCUGAGCCACAAAGCCAGCUUUGGUGCAGGCCACACUGCAUCACUCUCCCUGCAAAUGUUCACUGACAGCAGUGCGGUGGAAAGCAUCUCUCUCCAGUGUGCAUGCAGCCUGAAAGCCAUGAUCAUGUGCCAAGGCUGCGGAGCAUUCUGCCAUGAUGACUGCAUUGGACCCUCAAAGCUCUGUGUAUUGUGCCUUGUGGUGAGAUAAUAAAUUAUGGCCAUUGGAAACAUUGUA